AUGCGCUUCAAGGCGGGAAUACAAAACAUUACGACCUUUACGAAGCUCACAGCAUCGCUCAACUCGCUCGGCCCGCUCGCGUGGGUGAAGCUCAGCGAGGAGCAAAUAUGCUUCACCAUCAUACCAGAGCAGGGCACACAAGUAUGGGCUGUUCUCUCCAUUGACUCCAUCUUUGAGAGUAUCAGCGUGCAGUCAGCAGCGGAUAAUGUCAUCAAUCUCGAAGUUCCGCUCACGUCGUUGAAUCGCGCCCUCAAAUCAGCGCUCAAUGCCACUUCGGCCCAGAUACGCCUCACCAAAAAGGACAACCUGCCCAUGCUCGCCCUCACCAUCGUCACCACCACGUCCUCAAACACGUACAGCGCCUUUCCUGCUGCUUCAGCCAACGACGACGAUGGCUUCGACGCCGCCUUCGACAACGAGUUUGGUGGAGGAAACCGCGAGACUAUUGUCACGCAAGAGAUACCUGUGCGAGUGCUUGCGCCGGAUACCGUAGCGCAUUUGCAUGAGCCUGUCUGUCGAGAGCCAGACGUGCACAUCAUACUGCCACCUUUAAUGCAGCUGAAGAGCAUCAGCGACAGGUUCACCAAACUGGCGCUGGCAGACACCAAGGCAAGCACUGCAACGACCGCAGCGAGAACCCGUUUAGAAGUUUCGGCCAACAUGCACGGCUGCCUCAGGAUGAGCAUCAGAUCCGACGCCAUGAACAUAUCUUCCAUCUGGACCGAUCUCAGCAAUCCGGAACUAGACCCUGGCCACGUCGCUGGGGGUGAAGACGGCGUUGCUGAACACCCAAGUACGCGUAUGAAGCAGCUAGGGACGGCCGAUGGGCGUAGUGAAGAAGGAUGGGCCACAGUGAGGAUCGAUGGGCGUGACUGGGGUAAGGUCAUGAGCGUGGGCAGGCUGGGGGGACGGGUCAUUGCCUGCUUCUGCCAUGAGCAUGCACUCAUACUCUACGUAUAUCUACCCAACGAUAACGGUGAUGAUGAGUCGGUCUUGACAUACUUUAUCAGCUCCUACAGCGCAUAG